AUGGCGAUUUUGACACUUUCGCACGAUGACUACACCGUAGCAUGGGUCUGCGCGCUACCAGUGGAACUAGCUGCGUCCCAAAUCAUGUUAGAUGAACGUCACGGUCCCCUUCCUCAGGCGUUUAGUGAUGACAACAUCUAUACUCUCGGUAGCUUGAACGGCCAUAACGUGGUGAUUGCUUGCUUGCCAUCAGGAAUAUACGGGACCACAUCGGCAACCACGGUGCUAGUACAAAUGCUGGCCACAUUCCCGUCACUGCAAUUUGGCCUAAUGGUCGGCAUUGGAGGCGGAGUACCUACGAAUGUUGAUAUUCGGCUAGGCGAUGUCGUGAUCAGCAAGCCGACUGGGAACGGAAGUGGUGUAAUACAAUAUGAUUAUGGGAAGAAAACCCAGGCCGAACUUCAGCUCACAGGAUUUCUCAACAAACCGCCCAAAAUAUUGUUGACAGCAGUGAGCCAUUUGGAGAAAGACCGAAUGCAGGGGAAGCGAGUAAUCAAGCAGAUUGUGAUGAGGGCACUCGAAUCCAACAACGAUAUGAGAAAGCAAUUUUCCCGGCCCACUAAUGAUUUGCUUUUUCAUGCAACAUAUCAACAUCAAGACGGCACCCAUGACUGCUCAACGUGCGACCGGACGCAACUAUUGUCUCGUCCGCCACGAGUGACAGACGAACCAGAUUUCCAUUAUGGAAUAAUCGCUUCCGGGAAUCAAGUUAUGAAAGAUGCAGAGACACGUGACCGAGUCGCCAAGGGACAGAACAUCCUCUGCUUUGAGAUGGAGGCGGCAGGUUUGAUGGAUCAACUUCCAUGCUUAGUGGUCCGUGGAAUUUGUGACUACUCGGAUUCUCACAAACGAAAAGAAUGGCAGGGUUAUGCGGCCCUGACUGCGGCAGCUUAUGCAAAACAGCUGCUGUCCGUUAUUCUCCCAAGACAACGAAAACAAUUCACUCCUGAGGAAGAGGCGUGCCGGCGAAGUCUUUUCAUAAUCGACCCCGAGGAAAAUAAGAACGCGCUGAAGCGACGCAAAGGAGACCGCGCUCCUGGCACAUGCGACUGGAUCAAAGACACGGACGAACUUCGGGCUUGGCUCGCAUCGCCUAGAGCCCCUUCUGAAAGAGUGAUGUGGUUUUAUGGUUACCCAGGUACUGGAAAAACAACCAUGGCGAUCACCCUGGUGGACAUUCUCUUGAAUCAAUGUGAUAUGAUAGGCCAAAAAAAGGCUCUUGCAUACUUCUUCUGCGACUCCAGUUCUCCAGAAGGUUGUACAGCAACUGCGAUACUACGUGGUCUUCUAUCCCAGCUGGUUAAGCAACGCCCGCAUUUAAUGAAACACUUACUCCCCAAGUUUAAGGAGCGUGGGGAAAAGCUGUUCGAUUCAUUUGAUGCAUUGUGGGCCAUAUUCAUUGAAGUAGGAUACGAUAAUGCAUAUCAACAACUUUACUGUAUCAUUGAUGCCUUGGACGAAUGCGACCAAAGUUCGCAGAGAAUGCUGUUGACGCAAAUUACCCAAAGUUGUGGAAAUCAGAAUGAUCCCACAGUCGGUAGAAUACACUUUCUGAUAAUUAGUCGACCGUUCCCUGAAAUCCGGGAGUACCUCCAUCCAUAUAGAUCGAAAGACUUGUGCAGUUAUCAGGAAGUCCAGGAUGAUCUUCAGGGAUUCAUUGACCAGAAAAUCAAUGAGCUUGCAUUGAGAAAAUGCUAUACCGGGAGAACAAAACGAGAUGUAUCACGCAUACUUAAAGAAAAGGCAGAAGGAACCUUUCUAUGGGUUGGUAUUGCGUGUGAGGAAUUGGCACGUAGCGGAUCACGAGAUGCAAUCAAGAAACUACAGAGCUUACCACAAGGAUUGCAUUCCCUCUAUGCCAAAUUGCUAGAAAUGGCCCUAGAAGCGGAUAAAGACAGCUUCGAUACUGUUUCACGGAUCCUUGCCGUUGUCGCAACGUCGAGACGUCCUCUUAGCGUGCCAGAGCUAUCUAUCGCCUGCAAAUUCUACCAAGAAGAGGAUAAUGAACAUCGACUGAAGUUUACAGAGGAAUAUAUCGAUAUAUGCCGUCUUAUGGUUGUUAUUCAAGAUAGAGUUGUGCGCCUUUUGCACAAGUCAGUCAGAGAUUUUCUUCUGAUUUUGACACACCCAUUCUCUAUAAACGAGCUGCAAGUCCACGCAUCUCUGGCAAAUAGGUGUGUUGAAUACAUUUUGGACAAUAUUGGUCUCCUUGACGAGCAAGUGGAUCAAAAGCGUGAUUCGUUUCUUGAAUAUGCCACUCUUUACUGGCCCGAACACGCCGGAUCUGCUGGCAUGGAAUUCAAUAUCCUGCCUGAAUAUCAGCGGUUUUUCCAUUUCGAUUCAGUCGAGCGUGAGGUGUGGUUGGACUCGUAUCGCAGGCACCGUCCUGUUCCCCAACGAUUUUCCAUUUUACAUGUCGCAGCAACAUGGGGCAUCAAAUACCUUCUUAUUUCUCUUUUAUUCACGGACUCGACCAUCUAUGGAUUGAUAAAAGAGUAUAUAAGAUCCCUGAGGAUUCCGCACAAGAUCCAACCUUGUAUAGAUACAAUUGAUGACAGUGGGAGAACUCCACUCCAUUGGGCGAUAAUGGAAUCCCAGAAUGGAGUUGUAGAUCUUCUUUUACGACAAGGUGCGAAUCCUGAUGUGCAAGACAAUAAGUCCAGGUUGGCCCUUCAUUUUGCAGCAGAAGUCGGCAAUGAAAACUUAGUUCAGCUGUUCGCUCGUACACCGAAAAGCUUGGAGGCAAAAGAUGUUUAUGGCCAAUCUCCACUGCUCAUUGCAGUAGAAAACAUGCAUGCUGCGACCAUUUAUCGUCUGGUGGAUGCUGGGGCUCACAUUCACACUUUCAACAACAUGCACCAGAAUGCCUUACAUCACAUUUGCAAAGCUCAGAAGUCUGGUAACAGUUGCACAUUGUUAGCAUAUUUCAUGGCUAGGGGCGUUUCCAUCAAGGAACCUGAUGUACAGAAUAUGACCCCUUUUCUGUACGCGAUCGCAUGUGGGCGACAGGAUCUAUCGCUUCUCCUUCUUCAAAAUGGAUAUGAUGUGAACCUUGCAAUCCGAAGGCGGUCUUGGACUCGCCAGAUUCAAGAUCGGUCCAUUAUUUACAAGCUUGAUGAGAAGCAUGAAAACCUAUCAAAUAAGUCCUUUUCUCCAGGGAUGACCGCGCUUCACUUUUCAGCAUUGAACGCAGGCGUGGGAAUGACCGAGUUUCUAUGUCGCCAUCAUGCCGACCCUAAUGCAGUAUCUGAGACUGGCGACACACCAUUGCAUUUGGCAAUUCGACGCAGGGCUCUGGGGUUGGGAUAUGAGGAUUACUGGACGACUGGAGAAUAUUCUGUUGAGGAAUUAAGCAAUUACAUCACUGACUGGGAAAGUGAAGAAGCCUCUGAGAUCUAUGAAGAAAUUCAUACAGCUAGAGUACGUAUCGUUGACGUGCUUCUGAGUACAGUCUCAAUUGAUGUCAAUAUUGCCAAUGAGCAGGGGGAUUGUCCAUUGCAUGUGAUUCCAUUCGAUAAAUGUUAUGCGUCAGACUUAUUACUAAAGCUGAUCGAAAAAGGGGCCGAUACAUCAAAAUCAAACAAAAAAGGUCAAACAUGUCUUCAUCUAGCAUGUGAUGCGGGAAACUUGGAUGCCGUUCGAAUAUUGAUAAGUCGGGGUUGCAGCACUACCUCACAAGAUAUACAUGGAUCAACUCCGCUUCAUUGUGCCAUCAGGGAAAAUCGCCCUAGUGUUGUACGAUUGAUUUUGGAACAACAUCCUCAGCAGCUACUUGGGAACUGUCAGCAGAGUGGCUUGUCCCAAGCAAAACUUCUACAUCAUCAUGUAAAAUCACUUUGUUGCUCUGUUGAGAUCAUCAACUUACUUUUAGAGUGUGGAAUUGGACCCAAUGAACAGGAUGAGAACGGCGACUCCGUUCUUAGCCUAUAUCUACGGUCAUUUCACCUGCGUCUUCAAGUAGAUGUCUUCGACUGUUUAGUUCGGAAUGGGGCCAGUAUGAACUGGUCGGGCAAAGGGAAGGAGAGUCUGAUACACCUAGCGAUGCAACAGUUUCAUAGAGAUAACUUUCUUAUUCUCAAGCAUUUGUUGCAAUAUUUUGAUAUAAGCGCGAAAGACGCUAAGGGCCGCAAUGUACUGCAUUAUGGAGCAAUUCACGGUGCCUUCAACAAAGACUUGACGAACUUCCUGCAAGAGAAAAACAUUUUCAAUUCACUCCAUGAGAAGGACUUGGAUGGCAAGACGCCUCUUGACUAUGCAGAAGAGGAAGCACAACGCAAACGACAUCCCCAUCUUUUUGAAGGAAAACGGUGGUACGAGUCAGUACACAAUCUUAGGUCUCUCCAAGAAGAUCCUAUAUGAAAGAACAUUUAUCAGUGUCUAUACAAGCA